CUUUGCCUAGUAACAUGCCAGUAUUUAAUUAUAAUACACAUGAAAAUCAUACUAGUCCUCAUUCAAACUCAAAUAGAAACAUAAAACCAGACAAAUUUGAUGGUUCUACCACUGAGUGGACAGAUUAUGUAAUUCAUUUUGAACGUGUUGCCUCCUGGAAUAAAUGGAAUGAGCAACAAAAGGCGUGCAUGUUAUCCAUAAAUUUAAGGGGGGAAGCCCAACGCCUACUUUCAACAUUAAGUUCCUCUCAGUUAACAGACUAUAAUGAAAUAAAACGAGCCCUGACUCAAAGGUUCAGUCCACAAGAGCGGGAACUGGCAUAUAGGUGUGAAUUCCGAAACAGGAAAAGGAAUUCUGGGGAGUCUGUUUCAGAUUAUGGAUACGCAUUAAGACGUAUAGGACAGAAAGCAUUUCCUUUAAUGCCCCAUACGGCACUCGAAUCUUGUAUCAUUGAUCAGUACAUUCAUGGUCUGGGUAGUUUUGAGUUACAAAAACAUGUACAAUUUUUACAUCCAACUACUUUAGAUCAAGCUAUUAGUGCCGCGGUAGAAUAUGCUGCUUUACAGGGGUCACUUGAUAAAAGAUCAAAACCCGUAGAUGACGAAAUUACAAGGGGGACUACUCUUCCAUUGAAAGAAAAUAUAGUUUCUUCCCUUAGGCCAUCAAAUAUGAAAACUGAUUGUAAUCUUGAAGAUUUACAGCAAAUGUUAUCUUCUUUGUUAGAUCAAAAACUUGAACAAAAGUUUAAUGAAAAAAUGUCUAUGCUUGAAAACAAAUACUCUGAUAAUGUUAUUAAGAAACAAAACAUAUCAAGACAAAAUAGCCCUUCACGUAAUUUACGUGCAGAUUCAUCUCCACACAAUAACAGACAAGUGGGAAUUCAGAAUAGAUCCCCAAAUCAUUCCCCAAAUAGGAAUUUAAGGAAUAAUUCUAGGAAUAUUUCCUGUUCAUAUUGUAAUAAACUGGGACAUACAGAAAGUCAAUGUUUUUUCAAAGAGCGUAGAGAUAUUUUCUGUACUUUUUGUAAAAAGAAAGGCCAUAUUGAGAGCCGUUGCUUUCUAAAACAAAAUGCUCCCUUACAGGAAAACUAGACCGGACUGAGGUUGUGGCCAAAACUUCAGUCAUUUGUAAAAAUACUAGGCCAAUAUGUGACAUAACUAUGACAAAAUGUGACACAAAGUGUUCACAAAUUAGUGAAAACACUGAAAACACGAACUUGAAAAAUGUUAGUUUACCAGAAAUUGACAAACAUAAACAUUGUUCCGUUAAAAGUACUUUAACGUCUGAACAUUCAAAUACAAAUGAACAAAACACAUUGUAUAAGAAAAUCCCGGAAAUAACAAUUACUCCACCCGAAUUAAGUCCUACUCCUACUAUAACAGAGACGAAUGCUCAACGUGACUUAGGUCAAAAACUAGGACAAGAGUGUUCGAGAAAUGAAGGUCAAAAUGUAUACCGUGCAAAUAUAGUUGAACAAAGUACGAGUAAAUGUACACCAUUAAGUUUGAAAUUUAAAGUCACUGAUUCAAAUCAUAUUGAGAGUAAGGUUUUACAACAGAAUAAUGUUGAUAUAAAAACACCUCAAAGUUUAGGCCAAGAAAAGGAAAACAUUGUUUCUGAUAUAGGCGAAAAAAAUAAAACAUCAUGUUAUUAUGUGAAAACUGCUAUAGGGCAGAUCAAGGGAGGUAUGCUCAUUGAUUCUGGAAGUCCAGUUUCUAUCAUUUCCACCAAGUGUUACUAUAGACUCGAAAAUAAGCCUAGGUUAGAACUUGUUAAAAUGCCUUUGUCUACAGCAAAUGGAGUCAGGCUGAAAAUUGCUGGAAAAUGUAUGAUUAAUUUUGAAAUUGAACAUCUUGUUUUCUGUUUUGAGUUUAUAGUUGCGGAUAUUGAGGAAACAAUAGGCAUUUUAGGCAUUGAUUUCUUCGAAAAUUAUAAUGUCAGCCUGAAAGUACACAAACGCUUGCUAAAAACUAGUAUGGGAAAAGUGAGAGUGUAUAACUUUAACUCAAGAAUGUGUGCAAAGGUACAAAUAACAGAUAUUUCUCAUGAAAACAAACCAUUAUUACACAGCUACAAUCAGGACAAUUUGAAUAAGUUAAGUGCAACACGCAAGUACUGGUUUAUAGAUAAAAUAGAUAAUGGUAAAAUGAUACUUCAAUAUGCAUUUGACAAGAAUCAAAGUAAAUCUUUUGAAACAUUAGACACAAACUCUGUGUCAAUAUUUCAAACAUAUUUAUACUUUGAGAGAAGCAAGCAGUUACUUAUUCAAAGCAAAAUAAUUAUGCUAGAACUGAUGUCAUGGAUUAAAAGAGUGAAAUGCUACUUAAAAAUGACCAUGUCUAACCAAGACUUAGACUUAUGUAUGAAAUGGAAUGUACAGAAAAAUACCAAGUUUAAAUCAACACGACUUUAGAGGAAGAUAAAUUGAUAUGAAUCAUUUAUCCUAAAAAUACUUCAUAUACAUGUACAUACUCAAGCCAGUUGUAACACACAAAACACCGCUUGUAAUGGUGAAACAUCAUGGACUUCACAUUGUUCAUAUUCCACUACUGCAUGUGCUCAAUUCAGAGUGUAUUCUAACAACAGGACUUUACAGUUUCAUCAAGAACAUUGAAAGUGGUGUGUUGCUUGAGUGAUGUUUCAUUCUUAUUGUAAAUAACCUGAAUUUGUUUUCCAUGUUUGAUAUUUACAUUGAUAGUUAAUCGUGUUUUGUCAGUUCACUAUUUUGAUGUACAUACUUUUCUUAUUUUGAUUCAUAUACUUUUCGAAAGUAAAUUUUUGUUUUGUAAUUUUGAUAAGUUUCUUAAAUAAAAGGGUAAUUCUUUCCUUCCUUUGUUUUUGACAUUAUAUUUAUUAAAUUUUAAUCUCUAAUUACAUGGGGUUUCUUUGUUUUUAAGGAGGGAGGAAUGUAAUAGGAUGGGUAUUUACGGUAAUCUAAGUUAACAGUUAAUCUAUAAGUUAUGAGUUACUAUCUUUCAUACUUAUUGCAUGGUAUAUACAAUGUUAUUCUCAACCAAUCAAAUUGUUGUUUUGAAUACUGAAUUGUAUAAAUAAGCUGACUUUGGUAAUGUUAGCUAGGUUAGGUACUGUACCUACUCUGGUCAGUACAACAAGGCUUAGCCUUGAAACAUUAAACUGGACUUAGUCCUUAACAAACAUUUAUGUUUAUUAUAAACGACCAUAUAUAAAAAAUAUCAUAAACAUAAUCUUAAUUAAAUAAUAAAUAUAGUUAUUCUUAAUAUAAAACUAAAUAUAAUUUGAUUAGUAUUCUCUUUCAGUUUGUUAGGGCUUUUCAUAUAUUAAAAGCAUUGAUUGAAAUUG